UCAGAGUGUUGUUUUCGGUACAACAUUCUUUAGAUUCUCCCUUUUUGCCUAAUCAAUUAUUCCGAAACUAGAAAGAUAAGAAGAAUUCAGAUAAAAAGGAGUGGGAUCGUUCUGUUGACAAACGUUAACCUAGUUAUUUGUACUACUAACAAUAGCUUAUUUGUCAACAGUUUGAUGGAUUCUGACGUCUAUGCUCGAAGAAAAGUAGCUUACAGGAAGUCAGUGCCUUGAUAGAUCAUAAUACGCAGAACCGUACUAUUUUAUCUGGCCUAGAUCAUGCGUUUACGAGAUAUCAAAACCGGCAUGUUAGCGCAUAUUCUCGUUGCUCUGAUUCUGGAAGUCAAAGGGACUGUGAGAUACUUCUCAAUAUGCGACCAUGGCGCUAUUUACAUUGAGGACAAGAUACUUCUUGGUUCGGGUGCGAGCGAAAACCAAACUGGUUACUCGAGCAAUUUGGACUGUUAUCGGGUCGUCCACGCUCCCGUGGGCUGGCGACUCCGUGUUCGGAAAAUACGUCAAGAAAUCAUGGAUUACAGAGACGAAGUUCGAGUGUUCGAUGGUGGCUAUUUCGCUACCCAUGUAAAAGAAGCUCCCAUAAACCCCUUAUCUUGCAAAGACUGUCCUGAGAAGUUCGCAGCGAUGAAUAGUACGGGAAGUGCCAUAUUGGUUUGGUUUACAACUGGGUCUAACAGUGCCUCAAAAGUGAGAUCUGUUUUGGUAGAGAUUUCGGCUAGACCCCCUUCCCCUCGCUGCAAAUGUCCAGCUGUUAUAGAUGGUGGGAUGUCUUGUCAAUUUACUGGAGCAUGGCACGAGCAAAGAGAAAAGAGCUGUAAACUCACUUGCAAGCCGGGAAAACGAUUUGUGGAGAAUGACAUAUACUAUCAUCACUUACAAUGGGGGAGUCCUAUCAAAUGUAAUGUUGAUACUGGGAAAUGGAGAACCACUUUUGCACCUUUUAUAAUUCGCCACAAUGCUUUUUGUCAGGAUGUCACUCUGCCAAAAGGUUUUCAACAAAAAAUCAGUUUCUUUUACCAGAACAUCAGCUGUAAAUCCCUUAACUUGGACGGUCUAACAAAUAAACUGGAAACUUUAAUUAUCACCAAGACUGAACUUGCUGAAUUUGGAACAUGUUUUAAUGUUACGUUGAAAGAGAAAUGCUUUGUUCAACAUCUUAACUUGUCCUGUUUUGAGGAAAAUAAUGUGACAUUGAUCAAUGUUUUGAUCAAAGACAAUACUGCAAGUGCAGCCAUGGGCUUGAGCAGUUUUGAAGAACAAGAAAAAUCUUUGAAAGCCCUUUACUACGGCUCUAGAAGUGGACAGUUUAAGGGGUUCCAUCUUUUGUGGCGUUUAUUAUCCCAGAAUUUUGAUGAGCUUGAAGUCACAGUAAACAGUGUCAACUAUAGUGCAUCAAUAAAUGCAAGCGGUUUGGAGCGCCAACAAUAUUCUAUUGGUAUUUGUAAUAAUGCUUCAGAUGUUUAUGUAAAUAGUGUUGGUUUUUAUUGCACAAAAUGCCCUAAUGGAUAUCAACAUGGAUACUCAGGUUUUGGAAUAUUUGAAUGCAGUGAGUGCAAUAAUGACAGCUCUUGUUUUAACAGCCAGGGCCCAACCCUUACCUAUGAGAACUGCAACACAAGUUGCCCUUUUGGAAUGGGUUACAAUAACUCAUUAGGAUUCUGCGACUGGUGCCCUGAAAACUAUUACCAGGAAUACAACAACGUGACAUUUGCACAGUGCACACCCUGCCCUGGAGGUGCACUCACCCCAUAUGUUGGUGCUAAGAAUGCUACUGAGUGCAUACACCCCUGUGGGAAUGGGACUUAUUUGUAUGUAGACAAAUAUAAGCCUGGUGUUUGUGUGGAUUGUCCAGUAAAUACUUAUAUGGAUGUUGAAAUGCAUGGUAAGAGACAGUGCAAGGCUUGCAGUAUUGGUAAAAUGACGCUUGUGACAGGAUCAGUCAGAAAGGAAGAUUGCAUUGAUAUUUGUGUAUCAGGGAAAUUUCUGAACACCACCACUUUAUCCUGCCAGGUUUGUCCAAAGGGGACUUUCCAGGAAGCAAAUGGUAAAACAGCUUGUAUUCCCUGUACUGGUGGCAAGAUAACUCUUAAUAAUGCAACUAACAGCUCUUCUGGAUGUCUGGAUGCUUGUGCCAUGGGUUCCUACAUGGCCGUGACGGGAUUCCAACAAGGCCACUGUGUACCAUGUCCAGUGGGUACAUACAUGGAUCAGUAUAAGCAUGAUUUUCGAGAGUGCAAACCAUGUGGGUUAGGGAAUAUGACUCUUAGGAAUGGAACAAGUAGCGGCGGUGAUUGCUUACCAAAAUGUCAGCCUGGACGAUUCCUGGACACAACUAAAAAGAUCUGCCUGCCUUGCCCCGAGAAUUAUUUUCAAGAUCGUGAUGGACAGCUGUCGUGCCAUCAAUGCCCUGACAGUCACAUAACAUUGAGAAAUGGCUCAGAUAACUCAUCUCAGUGCAUCCGCACAUGUCCAAAAGGGUCUAUUGUCGUCAAUCAAGGACUUCCUCUCAACUGUAGUCAGUGCCCCCAAGGGAAAUACCAAGACAUUCUAGGAGCAACCCACUGCAAAAUCUGCCCGAAAGGUCAAGGCACUUUAUAUACUGGGAGCCAAAACGCUUCUUUCUGUGUGCUUCCCUGCUCAUAUGGUACCUACCAAGAUGAAUCCAAUCCUGGGCACUGCAAGAAGUGCACAUUUGGCAGUUAUCAAGAUAAAAACACAUCUUUUGAAAUUACUUGCACUCGUUGUCCUGACCCAAAGACCACAACAUUAUAUUUAGGGGCAAGGAAUAUGUCAGAAUGUGUGGGAUUCUGCUCCUCCUCUCCCUGCUACCACGGCGCAAGAUGUGAGAACCGAAAUGGAACAUUUGCAUGCCAAUGCACUCGUGGCCUGGGGGGCAAGCAAUGUCAGAAGGUCUUAGAUGGGGAGGUUGCAGAGAAUCUGACCGUAUCCCUCAAAUUCAUCAGUCUGGCAUGGCAAGAGUCACUUGCCAAUUCAAACUCAGCUGAAUUCCAAGACACAGCUAGAAGAAUAGAAUCUGCUAUUCGUGAAGCAACCAAGAAUGACCCGAAUUUUAGAACAGCUAAAGUGAAGGAGCUGAAGGAAGGCAGUGUGGUUGCCACAGUGGAUAUCACAAGUGUUGCAGAGAACGUUACCAUACAGCCACUAGAGACACUUGAUAAAGCAGUAAGAACUGGGCAACUUGGCGAGCUGUCAGUACAAAACGACAGCCUGAACCUUCUGACCUAUUCGUGUGGACAGCCACUUGGCAUGGAAGAUAUGCGCAUUGCUGACCACCAGAUCAAUGCGUCCAGCUUUAAGGACUACAAUGGGACAAGGCCUUGGGAUGCUCGUCUGCGGCCGGCAGAUGGAUUUUCCUUGAUGGCAUGGGAACCCAGUGUUACAGACCAGAACCAGUAUCUUCAGGUGGACUUUCUGAGUCUGGUACAGAUCACUGCAGUGGCAACACAAGGGAAGAAGUUCACCAGGUACAUCAAGAGCUACACCCUGGCCUUCAGUCUCAAUGGCACAACGUGGACUACGUACAAGGACACAGCUGGGAAUAUGAAGAUCUUUAAUGGCAACACAGAUUACUACAGCGUGGUAAAAACCACUCUACACACCCCACGAAUAGCCCGCUUCAUACGACUACAGCCAGUCUCCUGGAAUCAUGAUAUAGCACUGAAGAUGGAAAUAUACGGCUGCAUUCCUCCCUCUAUACCCAAUAUGCCAACCUCCAAGCCGCCGAUUGAUGCCUCAUCGCCUAUGAUGUCAUCUUCAGUGACGUCACCUUCGUCUCCUGUGACGCCAUCAGACACUGUCCCUUCCCCUGCAGGACAGGAAGGCAUGUCUGGAGGUACGAUCGCAGGGAUCGUUGUGGCCGUUCUGUUGGUGGUGACGGUUAUUGUGCUUGUGUCGUUGUUUUGCUUCAAAAGGAAUCGAGGGAGCGGCGAGAGAAAGGCUGUCGUGUGUCCAUCGGAUGGUGAGCCUGCCGACUUCCUCAACCCAACCUAUGAUGGCCUGCAUUCGGACGAUAGCGACGUGUUCACGACCAAGCUGUGAAGCCAUCACCGCCACGUCAUCAGCGGUCAUCAAACCAUUCGUGUCGUCAUUCCUGCCGUCAAUGUUCAGAAUACAUUUAGGCUCUUACUGAUAGUGAAUAAUUAGAGAGUGUUCAUUAAAUACACCGAGGGAGUGGAGGGAAAUUUUUAGCCACCAAAAAGGGGGGGGCUCUGAUUUUUUUAGGAUCCAUACAUUUCAGCUUUGAUAUUUUACUGAUAUGAUCUAAUUUGUAGCACAAUUAAGCCUAAUGACAAAUGUAUUUAAUUUAUAACUGUCUUUAUAAGUCAUUAUAUAGAUACUUCCAAACAGUUGGAUUUACCGAAACAGUUUAUUAUCAGAAUAUCAGGAACAAAUUGAAAUAAACUUCUAAACAGUGGUGGAGCAUGCAAAUCCUUAUUAAGUGGCGAUUCUCGGCAGCCUCAAAUCUUCCUGUUUGAUUUUAAGAAAUCUAUUAAAACAGGAGCUGUACUGCA